AUGUCCAGUCACACGCCCGUAACGGUGCCUACACCCUCUACAACCCGCGAAAACUCAGCUCGUAGCGACUCCCGCGGCUCCCCGAUGCCGGAUUCGAAACCAGCAUCAGUAAAUCGCAAGAAGCAGAAGCGGAGAGAGAAGGCGGCGCGUUUGGCUGCGGAACGUCAAGCGGAAAACGGACUUGCGCCUAGCGACACCGUUGACGUAAACGACCCCGGUUCGACAGUACCUAGCAGCCACGCAUCGCAUGAACAUGGUUUUGCCGGUGAUGAUAACACAAGCGAGGAGGUUCUAAAUGGCCAUGGACACGAUACUCAAGAGCUCCCACAUCCCUCCGAAUACGACGGCCUGGAUGACCCGCAAGCAACAACUAGUCGGAAAUCCAAGAAGAAAAGAGGCAAAAGGCCCCGUAAUGGGUCACAAGCAAGCUCGACUCCGCUAUCGACUCCGUCCGUAUCUCUAUCGCACGCACUGCCGCCGCCUUUACCUCCACAUUUCAGCCCUCAAUCCUCGAAGCUAUUGAAAGAGCGCAGCAUCUGGAAUACCUCGACACAAGAAGAGCGUGAAAAUAUCAAGACCUUCUGGCUGGAACUGGGCGAGGAGGAACGGCGCCAGCUUGUCAAGGUGGAGAAGGAUGCGGUGUUGAAGAAGAUGAAGGAGCAACAGAAACAUUCGUGCAGCUGUACCGUAUGCGGUAGGAAACGGACGGCAAUCGAGGAAGAGCUUGAAGUUCUUUACGAUGCCUACUACGACGAGCUCGAACAGUACGCCAACAACACCCAAGGAACAUUUGAACGCGGGCCUACGAUGAUGCCUCCUCCCCGGUUAUAUCAACCACCGUUACGGCCACCCGGUCAGCAUACCCACACACAAGGGCAAUUCCAUCCUUCACGAGGUCGAAUUCAUGAGCUAGCGGAAGAUGAUGAGGACCUGGAGGAGGAAGAAGAGGAAGAGGAGGAGGAUGAUUACGACGAAGAUGAAGAGGAUGAGGAGCCAUAUAGUGAUGAGGAGGAGUAUGAGGACGAUGAAACACGAGCUGCGCGAGCCGACUUUUUCGCAUUUGGGAAUAGUCUGACUGUCAAAGAUGGAAUUCUCACAGUUGCAGAUGAUUUAUUAAAAAAUGACGGAAAACAUUUCAUCGACAUGAUGGAGCAGCUGGCGGAGCGUCGCAUGCAACGGGAGGAAGAUACACAGUAUGGCAUAGCUGCAGCACAUCAGUCUCUCCACAGUGGUCAUAACCAUGGCCCGCUGGAUGAUGAGGAUUAUGAUGAUGAAGAGGAGGAGGAGGAAGACUACGAUAGCCAGGAGGAGGAAGAGUACGAGGAAGAUGAAAUGGACGCCAUGACGGAAGAGCAGCGCAUGGAGGAGGGCCGACGGAUGUUCCAAAUCUUCGCAGCUCGAAUGUUCGAACAACGGGUCUUACAAGCGUAUCGCGAAAAGGUUGCAGAGCAGCGACAGAAAAAGCUAAUUGAAGAAUUAGCGGAGGAGAAGAACCGAGACGAGCAGCGCAACGCCAAGAAAGCUCGAGAGGCUCAAAAGCGCAAAGACAAGAAGAGACAAGCGAAGCAGGCCAAGGAUGAAGAAAAGGCCCGAAAGGAGGCGGAGAAGGCUGCAGAAGAAGCUGCUGCUAAAGCUGAGCAAGAGCGAAAACUUGAAGAGCAACGAAAGAAGAAAGAGGAGCAGCGAAAGAAGCGGGAAGCCGAACGAAAAGCCCAGGAUGAGGAGCGCGCUCGGAAAGAAGCUGAAAAGCACAAACGACUGCGAGAAGAACGAGAGAAGCAGGAGGAGGCUGAGCGAAGGCAGCGCGAACAGAAAGAACAGAAGAAGCGAAUGGAAGAAGCUAAACGAAAAGAGCGCGAGGAGCGGGAAUUGAAGGAGCAAAAGGCCAAACAAGACCGAGAGCGCAAAGCUCAAGAAGAGCAGGCGAAGAGGGAACGAGCUGCACAAGAGGACCAGGAGAGGCGUGAACUACAAGCUAAACGUGCAUCAGCGUCGAGCCUGCAUCCCGUGCCUGGACCAUCUGGGCAUCAACAACCCUCACUUCCUCAGUCCACAACGCCUGUGGCUUCCAAAGCUCCCACGCCCUCCAAGGCCCGGCGCGCUUCCCAGCAGGGGUCACAUAGCUCGUCUCCACGCUCUCAAUCAGCCAGCGGAGAGGCGUCCCAGAUCUCACCACGGUCUCUUCCUCUAUCCCAAUCAUCAGCCUCACCUAGUGUCCUGUCCAAGUAUGGCCCCGGUCAUGGCGUGCUUCACCAUCACCCGGGUGCGCCCAUGUCUCCUUUGGGUAGACCCCAUCCUCCUGGACUCUCCCCAUCCAAUCCUCCCGGGCUUUCAGGCAUGGUCCCUCGGCCUCCGAUGGGCCAAGAGUUACCCACGUAUCCACCACAUUCAAGUCCGUACAUGAACCAGCUCCGUGGAUUCCCCGCACCCAAUGGGAUUCCGGUACCUCCGGGGAUGAACGGAGCUCGUCCAAUGCCUCCGGGACGAGGAUUCCCUCUUGAAGCACCCGGUCUUCCUUUCCACGUUCAGCAACCGCUUUCCGGUGUUUUCUCCCCCCAGCCAGGCGGCUUACCACAUGGCCAUUCGAGGCAACCAUCCAACUCCUUUGAACGAUCUCCGCUGGAUACAAGCGCUCAGCCAUUCCCGAUUUCCAGACCUAGCCCAAUCAAGCGCCCGCCUAGUACACAGCAAGAGCAGCAUAACACCCGAAGGGAUGUGGACGACCUAAGCGCCCAACUAGGUAGCAGUGCACUGCUCGAUGACACAGAUAUUCCCCUUACGUCGUCGCAACUUUCCCAGUCACUUCCGGGUGCAGCACCUACUACAUCAAUGCCAGGUCCCACACGCGCCAGCUUUACUGGUUCUUCGCUAUUCCCAGACCCCCUAAGUGCCAAACACGGGAACUUUCCUGUUGGCCCUGUAGUAGGAGGCAACACUUGGGGUGCGCAAAUGCCUUUUGGAGCUUCCUUCCCCGGCGGUCCAACAUGGGGAGGAUAUUUGCCCGGGAACAACUGGCCUAACAAUAACAACGCUUUUGGCGCUGGCGUCCAUCAUCGCGCUCACACAUCACGUCCUGUUGCGAUUCGACUCCUAGUUAUCCAAGCGUGCAAACAGCUGAGCGCACUAAGUCUUUCGAAUGGAGAUGACUAUCAUGACGUGAAUGCGGUUCUGCGCCAAGUCGAACAAUUACGGCCGCCGAAUGAGCCUUCAAUUCCUCUGAAUGAGAUGCUUGACAUCUGUGAUACAGAGGGCAAUGCGCAAAACGGAGGCGGGUCGUUCUCAAUCAAGAACAGCCAGGCCGGUGAUCUUGUCAAGUUCGAGCCAGAUACCAAUAGCGCGGUGACUGGUCAACGCGGCAGUAUUGUGCCAGGCGAUAUCGGAAGUCCUAUCGCCAAUAGUACUAUCCCAGCCCUUGGUGGCAUUGGCAUUGGUACACCUCCUUCGUCCGCUUUGCGACAAUUUUCUUCUCCACCCACGAGUUUCUAG